GAUCUUUGUCCAAUUUCUAAUGUUUUCCAACAUACUAUAUGAACUAACAAAGCUUAACCAAACCCGAUGCUACAUCCAAAACCAUACACUAUUUGGAUUGUUGCAAAAAUUUGGAAAUAUACUAGGGGUAGAAGGGGAAUAUGUGUAAUCUUGCUGUUCUAGCAUAUUUUUAUUUUUUUUAAACUUCUCUCUCUGUCAUUUGUGUUGUGGUUUUCAUAGUGGACAAGGCAUUUGCAGAAUCCCUUCCAUGCUGACUGAAAAGGGUCCUCUACAACCAUCAGGAUAUUAGACAAAUAAAUGGCCACUCGGCUCACGAGUCCCUUCCCACUGUUCUGCUGUAAAGAUUAACUCUCUUUCUCUAUGUCCAAGGCAUUCUUUUCAUUAUAAGGGUAACCACUCAAUGAACCAUAGCAAUAGCAGGGCCUGAGGGCUCGCCCUGUCCCGCAUAUCAACAAUGUCAAAUCUGGACACUUAAGAGAUUUAAAGUUUGAUGAAGAUCACAAUCAGUAGUUUGCAUUUGAUCAGCUAAAGGAAGCAUGCAAAGGUAAAUUAACUAAUUGCAGCUGUGCAUGCCAGAGUAGAUUUGUAUAGUACUAGGUCUACAUCAAUUUAGUUAAUUCUAGCUACAGUCCUGGAAGAUUCUGAACACCGUUUUGGUCAUGAUUAUGAAGAUUCACAUGCGUAUCUGUUUUUUUUUUGUUUUUUUUUUAACUUUAACCCAUCCAAUUUGAAUAGCUGUGUUUCAGUCCUUUUAUAUAUGUGUAUCUCCAUUCCCACAUAUACUGCAGGUAAAAUAACUCUGGUUGUUGCAGUGAAAUGCUUUAUAAUGAUCCUCUCCACUUGACUCUGAAAGGGUUCAGUAAGACAAACGUUUAACAGUGGUUUUUCUUUUUGUUGUUGUGUUUUACAGUUCUUUUUCCUGGUUCAGCCAGCCCUAUAUACCAGGCCCUGCUGAAAAUGCCACCCAACAGUUUUGUCUUCUGCAGCUUAUCCUGUUUCUCAAGUGUCCUUUCUGUCAUUUCUCUGUAAAUAUGAAAAGUUGUUUGAUUUGAAAUUAGCUUAAUUUCAGAUUGCACACCCAUGGAUCAUCUCAUAAGAUGUUCCUUUUAUUUAACUAUUGUAUAAGAUUCUCCUUCAGCAUUGGGCACCAUUGUAUUCGGCCUUUUGCUGGAAUUUUCCGUUAUUUAUAAGAGCCUACUCUGUACUUGUGUUUUUUUCCUUGUCAGCAUUUCUGUAAGUUGCAAGUUAAGUUAAACUUUACAACACUGUACCUGGUGAAUACAGUAGCCAGUCAAGUGUCGUAGGCUCUUUGGAAGAAAGAAGCCAUCAGCAAAAGCCCAGAAAACAGAAUUUGGUUGAGCAUUUUUUUAUUUUAUUUUUUAUUUAUUGUAAUGGUAAGUGUUUGAGGCAAAAGUAAUGAACUGUUCCCUGCUGUUGACGCCAAAAUCAUGAACUUUGUUUUGUGUAUCUUGAUGUUUUUGUGUGCUUUGUAGCGAAGCAGCCGACGCGUAUCGCUUGUUCAUAAAACAUCUAAUGAAACUUGAGAGCACAUCCCACUGGACAACCGGCUGUGCUUGCUUACGUUUGGUUCAUGACUUAAAAAACAAGUACAGGAGUGAUUCCUGAUGAGUCUAAAGCUCUGUCACUGCUAGCACCAGCGAACGCUGUGGCAGGAUGCAUGCCUGGAGGGGGCCUUCUCCCCACUCCAAAUCAUUUGGCGUCUAUGGGAGGUGUGCCCCUUUCAGCUCUUGGAAAUCCCAACAUGGAUCCCAUGGUUGCCAUGGGCAUGUCUGGCAACAUGAACCCUCAGGCCCUCUCUGCUGACUUUCUGAAGCUUAUGCAAUCCAUGGAUCCUACUAAGAUGAAUCCAAUGGCUGCUGGUAUGAUGGUUAAUCAUGGUAUGAAGAAUGACUCCAAUAAGGAGAUAGAGGCUGCCAUGAAGAGGGUCAGAGAGGCCCAGUCUCUCAUCUCUGCAGCUAUCGAGCCUGGAAAUAAGAAAGACGACAAGCGCAAACAUUCCCGCUCCAGCUCUCGGUCUAGGCGGAGGAGGUCCAGGUCUCGCUCUCGUCACAGGCGAUCAAAGAGCAGGUCUCGACGGAGGUCGCACUCGAGGAGCUGGAGGCGGUCGAAGAGCCCCCGCAGAAGGAAGUCCCACUCCAGAGAGAGGGGCAGACGCAGCAAAUCCAGGGAUAAGAAGAAAGAGGAGAAAUCUAAGAAGCGCUCCAAGACGCCGCCUAAGAGCUACAGCAGUACCAGGAGGUCUCGAAGCGUCAGUCGGAGACGUAGAAGAAGCCGCAGUGCCUCUCGGUCACCAAAGAAGUCCAGGUCCCCAAAGAGGAAACUGUCCAGGUCCCCUUCCCCUAGAAGGCACAAGAAGGACAAAAAGAAGGACAAAGAGCGAGAGAAGGACAGGGAUCGCGAGAGGAAAGAGGUCAGAGGCCGAGACGAAAGAGAACGAUCCACCAGCAAGAAGAGCAAAGACCAGGAGAAGGACCACGACUGUAAAUCUGACAGCGAGAAAGGAGAUGUCAAGAGCUCUUUGCUCUUGCAGGUGACCAGGGAUUAUGAUGAGGAGGAGCAGGGCUAUGACAGUGGAAAAGAGGUAGAGGAAGAAGAGAGGAAGAGCAACUCUGAUUCGGCGUCAUCCCCUAAGCCCCGGGAGGAGUCUGAAAAGAAGCCUGCAGAGGAGAGCGGCAAGAAGUCCAAACAGAACGGAGAUGACCACCAUGAUGAGGACGACAUGGAGAUGAGUGACUGAGUGCACCAGAGAGACCCAGCCAGAUGACAUCAUGGAUCACUCAAAACCUUAAAUUAAUACUUGCAGGUGUCUGCUGUUUUGUAGUCUUAUUGGAGUUGCAUUUUAGAGACCGGUUAGGGAAAAUCUUGUUCUGUUUGGAAUAGCCAGUUUAUUUCUGUAGUGGACUUCACCAGUGAGCAUGUGUAGGAAUUUGGCCCAAAUAAGUACCUUUUUUGUAAAAUAUGAUAGUUUAAAAAAAAAGCCACAUUGCUGUACUUUUAAGUUGAAGGGCCUGUUGAAUGUGAGAAGUUUUGAAAGCGUUUUCUAUUUUUGUCCUCUAAGAUUUUAUUCAUCUUGAACGUAGAGGAACUGUUUUCUCCUAAAAUGACUCUCUGAAAUGGUGUAUAUUUACAUUUUACAGGACAGGGUUUAGUCCCCAGCUUACUCACUGUUAAUCAUAUUUAUCCUGGUACCAUUCUGUUUUUGGUGCAGUGCAGCUUUCUAUUCUUUGUUAGAAUCCUGAUAAAUUGACCUCUGUUAAGUAUUUAAUACUGUUGUGUCCAGUCAUACCCUCCCACCCCUGUGACGAUAUACUGUAGAUCAAAAUGAGUGUUUGUGGAUUAUGAUGAACACCCUGUACUGUCUGCAACAUGUUUUACAAAUGAUCUAAUAAAACUUGGUCAACAUGG